AUGGACCACUUCUUUUGGGAAAAUGGUGUAUACAGUCUUUCAAAAGUGGCAUAUACCAAGAAUGGAGUUGAUACUGCUUAUUUUAACUCACUGUUUUCCCUUUUUAGAUUCAUCUGCAUUUAUCCAGCAUAUUUGAAUAACAAGAAGACGAUAGCAGAAGGAAGAAGGAUACCCAUAGACAAAGCUGUUGAAAAUCCCACAUCUACAGAAAUCCAAGAUGUAUGUGCAGCAGUUGGAUUCAACGUUCUAUUAGAGAAAAACAAGAUGUAUCCUAGAGAGUGGAACAGAGAUGUGCAGUACAGAGGUAGAGUACGAAUCCAGCUCAGACAAGAUGAUGGCAACCCAUGUUUACCUCAGUUUCCAACACGUAAAUCAGUGAUGCUGUACGCUGCAGAAACCAUUCCCAAACUGAAAACAAGAACCCAGAAGAUGGGAGGUAGUGAUCAAAGUCUUCAGCAAGGAGAGGGAGGCAGGAAAGGUAAAGGGAAGAAAAAGAAAUGAGCUGCUUCUGGAAUAAUUGUUACGUCACAUAGCUGUACUUAAAACAAGUAUGGAUGGACACAUUACUUGCUGCAGCUUUGAAGUGAAAGAUACAAGCGAGAAACAAACAGGUGAAAGUGAAUAGAACUGCCUGCUUGGAACUGGAAUGCAUGUCCGCAUCAUUGUCACAAUAAACCUGUCUGCACACA